GUCCGGCUUGGAGACCGGAUGUAUUCUGUGAUUUAAUAUCCGGUUGUUGGGAGCAGUCGCUGUACUUAUCUUUCUGUAAACUAGAAAACGGACUCCGAUUCCCCUACCAAGCAGGAAAGUAACAACGAGAGACUUGUGAACCUGCAAAAGCGAUAUGCCGGGCGACCUGGAUCUCUCACCCCCAGAGGUACCCGAACCAACCUUCCUGGAAAGCCUUCUACGAUAUGGCCUCUUUUUGGGUGCAGUGUUCCAGCUCAUUUGCAUUCUUGCUGUGAUAAUACCCUCAUCCAAGAGUCAUCACGAACAGGAGGUUGAACCCCAGGACACGCGGGUCGGUGACCAAGCCAGGAAACCCAAAGGACCGCUCCCACAGAUUCGGCAGAAAGUAAAGAAGGAGAGCAAGAAGAAGAAAUAACUUGGGCACAGGAGUUGUGCAUGAGGCUGUUGUGGCACAGAGACUCAAUGAAAAUCAAAUGACUUUUGUAAAAACACUAUUUUGGGCUGGCAGUGGUCUCUGGUUCCUUGUUCAAUUUUUUUUAUUUUACAUUAAGGCUUCUGAAAUUUAGUCCUCAUGCCACUGCUUUGGCUUGCCGGUAAUUCUUGGUCAAGAAGUGAAGGAGUCCGGAGUCUGAAAAGCAGAAAACAAUAUUCACCAUUUGGAGAAAGUGUGUUGUUGUUUGUGCAACACAGAAUACCAGUGGAGCGCUUAACAGACAUUGGGAAACAUUGCAUGUCCUUUGUUGAAGCAGCAAUGCAUGUGCAUUCUCAAUUGCCAAGAUAUCUACUUAUCUGGAGUGGUAUUGCAUCACCAUUUCCUUACAAUGUUUUUGAACAUGAUCAGUGCUAUCAGACAUAGUUAGACAUGCAAAAUUUCAGUGGAAUGAUAUCUCUGCAAAAACUCAAAAACCCAAGACCAAAUUUCUGUUUUUUUAUUUAUUUAUUACAUUAUAACCUAACUUUGGUGAAAAUUAGAUCAAUUUUAAAAUAUAGUUCUCUUCUCUUUUUUUGCAGAUUAUAGAUUAUAAUCACUCAUAAUCAAGGUUAUAAUAACUCUGUUACCUUUAAUGUUGGGGUUGUCAUAAAUAUGUAAAAUAUAGAGUCAUAUGUAAAAGAGUGGGAAAAUACCUUUAAAAUGAUAUAAGAACCAUGGCUACAGUAUAUAACCAAUAGUAAUGUAGAUCUAGCAAGUCAAAGUCAUGGAGCGCUAUAAAUUUGCCCAAAAUUUGUUAGCCCAUAUCUCCCUUCAUAAGGAUCCAAAAGGAGUGUAAUUUAGAUUCCAGAGGUUUCUUCGAAGAAUCAUGCCAAAUCUCACUAAAAUCUGACAAUGCGAACCAAAUGUGUGUUGAAUUAGCCUGGAUUUACCCUUGUGUCAAAUUCAGAUUACCAAGGAUAAGAAUUCAGACCAGAGGGGGAAAAAAGUAACUUUUCUAUCUGAAAGCAACUUUAUAAAGUCCCAUUGUGCUGAAAUUCCUCCUGUAUAAAUAGCCCCUCUUCCACUGCCAGGCAGAUAGGUUUCACCGUAGUGGUACAUGUGUACUAAUCCACCAAUUUUGUCAGUUACUCUAAUAAAGGAUAUCGGCAUCCAA